AUGGCCGAUCACGACCACAACCACCACCACCACCAGCACAGGCCUCACCGCCUCUCACUCCCUCAACGCCCCACCACCUUCGCCGCUACACCUACCGCUUUCCCCACCACACCCACCACGUCUAGACAAUACCCUGUUUACCCUUUCUCAUCGUCUUCAACCCCAAUCGCAACUCCGUCCAAACAUCGCCUCUCUUCUCUCAACCCCAAACCAUUCAACCCCAACAACAAUAGCAAGUCCUCUCUUUCAUUUCUCUUCUUCCUCCUUCUCUCUCUUCGCUCCCUCUAUUCCCUCCUUCCGUUUCUUCGCUCCUCCCCUUCUUUCUCUCUCUUCCCCUUCUCUUUCCUUGUCUCUCUCCUGUCUUUCCUGCUAACCCUCUCUUGCUCCCUCUUCACCUCCUCCUCCUCCUCUUCUUCCAAAGACCCGUUUCACCAAAAGCAAAACCAACCCAUCUUCUCUUUCACCCUGAUCACGCAAUCCCAGCACAGACUCUUGGUCGCCAAAUCGAUUCUUCUCGCCGUCGUCUUCCUGCUUCGUUUUCAGGCGCUUCGAUAUUGCGGCGCCGCCGCCAUGAUUCUCGCUGAAUUGUCCGGAAACGUUGCCGCACGGUUCCUGGCCGAGGGCUGGGACUCGAAUCUCGGUGGCGAUCGGAAUCGGUCCUCCAAGGUUCGUGGGUUCCUCGCUCUGUUUUCUGGGUUGCUUUUGUUAUCUUUGAGUUGGGAUCGGAUUGAAUGCUUCCCAUUUUCUGCUAAGUCGGUUGAAAGUUUGGGACUUUCGGUGUUUCCAAGAGUGGAUUGUGUUAGAAUUUGGCCAAUGUUGCUUCCAUUUCUAUCUGGGUUUUUGGGGUGUUACGAGCGUGUUUCGAUGAAUUGGGGGACAAUUAGGCAAUUAGGUCGGAAGAGGGUUCGUUUAAUUUCGUUGUUCUUUACAACUGUAGUGCUUUUCAUUCCUGCUGUUGUUAGUGUUUUCAUGUUUGAAGCUGAGGGAGAUGGAGUUUCCAUUGGAAAUUUGGCUUGGCCUCUGGCAAACACUGUUGUUUUUGGGGUGCUUCUUAGUGAAAGUUAUGGUGAUGACAAGUCAGUGAGUUCUAAAGAUUUCCGGAAAGAGUAUUUGGUUACAUUUUUAUGCACUCUUGUUUUGGAGUUGUUUUAUUUUCCUGAACUAUCACUCUGGGGACUAUUGCUCUGUGGUUUGUUACUAUAUGUUGCUGUUAGGGAAUUGGAUCCUUAUUACUCAAAUUAUCUUGAACUGGGGAUGGACUCUUCUGAAUCCUUUACUACUGCCAUUAUGAAGCCUAUUAGACACAUUUUGAGUGAGAGGAAGUCCCGCAAGAUUGCACUUUUCCUUCUGAUCAAUACUGCAUACAUGUUUGUGGAAUUUGCUGCUGGGUUCAUGAGUAAUAGUCUAGGGCUGAUAUCAGAUGCCUGUCACAUGUUGUUUGAUUGUGCUGCCCUGGCAAUUGGGCUAUAUGCUUCGUAUAUUUCACGUUUGCCUGCGAAUCAUCAGUUUAAUUAUGGUCGUGGGAGAUUUGAGGUUCUUUCAGGAUAUACUAAUGCUGUUUUCCUGGUGUUGGUUGGAGCAUUAAUAGUGUUGGAGUCGUUUGAGAGGAUUUUGGACCCUCAGGAGAUAUCAACUAGCAGUUUAUUAGUUGUUUCAAUUGGAGGGCUUCUUGUCAAUGUGGUUGGCUUAGUCUUCUUUCACGAGGAGCAUCAUCAUGCUCAUGGUGGAUCUGGAUCAUGCUCCCACUCCCACCCUCACCAGCAUUCGCAUGAAUCUGUUGGACAUGAUCAUGGAGGUCAUGGGAAGCAUGAGGAGUCUAUACCUAUUUCCAUUGAAUGCCAUGAAAAUUCAUGUUCCGGCCAUGAUGACCAUCAUGAACACCAACAUGGCAGUUAUAUCGGUUCUAAAGACCACAAUUUUGGGAGCAAUGAGUGCCAUGAUCACGAUGGCCACAGUCACCAGCACGACCAUCAUGGACAGAGUCACCAGCACGACCACCAUGGACAGAGUCACCAGCACGACCACCAUGGACACAGUCACCAGCACGACCACCAUGGCCACAGUCACCAGCACGAACACCAUGGACAGAGUCACCAGCACGACCACCAUGGACAGAGUCACCAGCACGACCACCAUGGACACAGUCACCAGCACGACCACCAUGGCCACAGUCACCAGCACGAACACCAUGACCACGCCCGCCAGCACGAACACCAUGACCACGUCCGCCAGCAUACUCAUUCUUCUGAAGGCAAUAAAGUGGCGGAAUCUCACAUUCAAGGGGCAGGUUUUCCGCUGAAAAAACUGCCAACUGAUGGAGAAAAAACAGCUAAGCAUCAGCACCACCACAUUGACCACAACAUGGAAGGAAUAUUUUUGCAUGUUUUGGCUGACACCUUGGGAAGUGUCGGAGUUGUUAUAUCAACUGUCUUGAUUAAGUACAAGGGAUGGCUUGUUGCUGAUCCUGCCUGCUCGAUAUUUAUUUCUGUCUUGAUUAUAUCUUCAGUUAUCCCAUUGCUGAGAAACUCAGCAGAAAUCUUGCUCCAAAGAGUUCCCAGAGCACAUGAGCAGGAUUUGAGAAAAGCUCUUAUUGAUGUUAGUAAGAUACGGGGGAUUUCUGGCAUUCGAAACUUGCAUAUAUGGAACUUCACCAACUCAGAAGUAGUGGGGACUCUCCAUCUUCAUGUUUCAACAGACAUUGACAAGGCUUCUGCGAAGGCACAGGUGUCACAUGUGCUGUACGAAGCUGGAAUCAAGGAUUUAACAUUGCAGUUGGAAUGUGUUGGACAAUAG